AUGGCCUCCAGUACCUCUAUAUCUGUUGAAGCUCGGUCUCAAGCCUUUCAGACUGAGUUCGAGGAUAUUUGCCGAGAAAUCCAAGGCUCAGUCCGACCCAACAUCAUCAUGCCCUGGACUGAUGAUGACGGCGUUGCCACUGAUUCCUGCGUUCUCAGCCCCUGCGGAAUGCCAGGGAGGCUAGUGGCCCAUUUGAAGAACAAUCUGGUGGACCUUUUGGCCUUUGACGGGGGGGACUUCCAAGAUUGGAAUGUUGCCAAGCCGCAGCAACAAUGGCCAACCUCGACCCCGGAUUGGGAAAAAUGGCUGCCGAGGAUGGAGCACUUCUUCGGCCAGCAAUGGAAAGAUCAAGGCAUUUACCACUUGAUCAAGCUAUUCAAUCGGCCGCUCGCCAUGGACCGGUCGCUCUUGGCCGUGGCCCUGUGCUUCUGGUCGUCGGCUACCAAUACUAUGAACUUUCGGUUUGGCAUGAUGACACCGACCGUUCUAGACAUGGUCGCCCUUUUUAGCCUCUCUCCUCUCGGCGUAGAAGUGAACGCCGCACUUAUUGCUCCUGAAGCAGAAGGGAGCUUCAAGGCCGCCUGGCCCGAGGUCACCAAGAUAGCCGGGAGCAAGGCAAAAAACUUGCUCAACUACUCCAGUUUUUACAACAACUUCGGCGAAGUUGAGCACGCCGCAUUCUUGCUGUACUGGCUGUGCAAGUUUGUGUUCUGUACCCAGGCGAACAAGGUCACCAUGGAAUUUUCCCACUUGGCUGAUUAUCUUGCGCAGGGCGGAAGGUUAGCACUCGGCCAAUUCCUGCUCGGCCACAUCUACCGCACACUUCAUGACAUCAUUACCAAUGGGAUGAAGCUGAAGCACGGUGGUCCACUAUGGGCUUUCCAGUUCUGGCUGCAAGCUUACUUCCCAGAGCUGAGGGGGGUGGCCAACAUUACUGACACCGAGCCCUUGGCCAAUGCAUUUGCCCGAGCCCCCAGGAAGCAUAACACCUCGGCCUUCUGCUAUAAAUUUUUCUAUGGCCUGGCCGAGAGAACUGGCGCGCAGUUCUGCGUCUGCCUUGCUCGACCAUUCCCUCUGUUCCUGGCGCACGACCUCUCCGUCAUUCCUGAUGGCGAGACAGAGAACGACUUGAAGGAGAUCUGGGGCUCCUUCCUAGUUUCGCGUGAUCUUCACUGCGGCCUAUCCAAGGCCGGGGUCGAGGUUUAUCUGCCAAAUUUCGUGGCGCGGCAGUUUGGCCUGAUUCAGACGGCCCCACUUCCCCCAUUGUCAAUCAACCGGCUCUCGUCCUGGAGGGCCGAUGUCACCUAG